CUCUGUUAGCCAUGCCUUGAAAAGCGUCGUUGCCUACGUCACGGUCCGGGCUGUGGAGCGGAGGGUCCGUAGUUAGCAGUAGCUAGCUGCAGAGUGACAGUGAUGAGUUGUGGAGACGGCAACCCUGCGGCCACACCCACUCCCUGUGAGGAUGUACAGGGUGAUGGACGAUGGAUGUCAAUGCAUAAUCGCUUUGUCUCUGACAGCAAAGGGAAGGAACCAGAGGUUCUUUUUGUCGGAGACUCUCUUGUCCAACUGCUACACGAGUUUGAGGUGUGGAGAAAGCUGUUCUCUCCACUCCACACCCUGAAUUUUGGGAUUGGUGGUGAUGCGACUCAGCAUGUCCUGUGGAGACUUACUAAUGGAGAAGUGGAUCACAUCUGCCCAAAGGUGGUAGUGUUGUGGGUCGGGACGAACAAUCAUGGCCACACACCUGAGCAGAUCUGUGGAGGCAUCAUGGCCAUCAUUAAUGUGAUCAACCAGCGCCUGCCUCAAGCUCACAUUCUUGUUCUGGGUCUUCUGCCCCGAGGUAAGAGCCCCAACCCGCUGCGUGAUCGUAACGCUAGAGUGAACGCUCUGGUGCAGGUGGAGUUAGCAUCUCUCUCUUUCGCCUCCUUCCUGGAUGUGGAUCCUGGGUUCGUCCAGUCAGACGGUUCCAUCUCCCACCAGGACCUGUACGACUAUCUCCACCUCACACCGCAGGCUUACCAGAGAGUGUGUCAACCUCUACACGCACGUGUUAAAGCUCUACUAGAGGCACAUGCACCUUGAAUAUGCACAAGUACAUGCAAAUGAAAUCACUCUAGCUCCCCAACUACCAGGGAGUCUGCCUCAGUCUCUAUUAGAGGCUCAUGUCCUACGCAGCAAUACAAAAGCAUACUCACAGACCAACAUAGGUGCUCUAAAUAUUGUCUAAUACUGUCCAACACAUGCUAUUGGUAUAAAGUACUAUUGAACAUAUACAAAUCCACUCACUAUUUUAAGAGGGACCAUUGCAUAGUAUUCUAAUUAUUCAUUAAUGUACUUUAAACAAUACAUACAGUACCGUGCAAAAGUCAGAGGCCAUCUUUCAUUUAUUCAUGUUUUAGGGAAAACGGACAUGAAGUACAAGCUGUUCAUUUUUUAGGAGAUAUUUCUGAGACGAUUAGAUAUAAGAUGAUCCAGAGUAUAAGAAAGGAGAAAGUCAAAGUAAAAUAAGUGGGGAAAAAAAAAAUGUGAUCCUAACAACCACCUGAAACACCAGGUAGACACCAAAACUGCCCCAUCAGAUAAACAGCACUUAAAGCUUUCAUCUCUGAGAGAGAGGAGAAAAUCAAGCUGCUUCAGAUCUGAAAACAUCCACAGGUGUUUCUGUCCAUCCUUCCACUGUGAGAAGACGACUCAGCGCUGUGGGUCUGAAAGGAUGUGUAGCUGUUCAAGAAGAACCUCACUGAGAAAAAAAAACAUUUGCAAUGGUUUUAUAUCGAAAUUGCAAUUUGAAAAAGUGCAAUUUUCGAAUCGCAAGAGCUGCGAGAAUUGUAUUAUUGUCUAAUUGUAGUCUAUUAUCAACAAUGUUGAUACAUUGCAAGUUUUAAAUAAAGGACGUUCAACCUAAUAACAUGGAGCUUGCGAACUGCUUUUAGAUGAAUUUGACUAAUCAGAAGCGAACAAACAUUCAUGUGCUGCAAUUAGAUAUUUUACCAAAAUCAUUCAGCCUUAGUUUGGGUUUACUUGUUGUGCUGUGCGCCUGUCCACCACUCCCUGGCAGUUCUCUUUCUCUCCCCGCCGUUUCGUCCUCCCUUGGGAUUCGGGUCCCACCUUCCUGCCGGUUUUCGCGGCCAUCUUCGGGGGCGUGGGAAACAAGCGCAUGGCACAUUUGUAUUGUGAGAAACAGAAAAUGCAACCAGCCUCUCAGACAUAUGGAGCUCUGCUGGUGACAUCUGGUAUAAAUACAAAUAAUGUGUAGCCAUGCACUGUUAACACGUGGGAACAAGAUCCUAAUGCUUGGCCACAACUUAGAAAGUCGUGGGAGCGAGAUCAUGCCUUAUUAAGCUGUGGUCAAGACUUAAUUUUCUUGUUCCCAUGCCUUACUAAGUUGUGACCACACAUUAUUUUAAUCUAUACUGGAUGUCACCAGCGGGGCUCUAUACAGACUAAACUUUGGAUGUGUGGGAAAAUGUCUCUAAAGAUUUCUUUGAAAACCUUGAAAAGAGUGUUUACAAUAAAUACUAAAAAUAUACAUUUAUUUAAUUUUAAUAUUUGGUUGAAUGCAGUUUUCCUGCUUUUUUCCUGAAUAGCCUGUACUUUAUGGUCAUUGACUUUUGCGCAAUACUGUACAUCACAGCCUAAGUAAUCUUUACAUUUCAUAGAUUGAUGGUUUAAACUGCCAUGACCAAACCUGUCACUGUGCCGUGUGGUACAUCUGUCUUGUCUUUCUCAUGUUAAAUGAUGUAUGUGGAAAAUAACGUAAAUAUGAAACGAAUGGAUUCUGGCCAAAUUCCAGCAGCAGAUGGGCUGUGGUUUAGCUGAGUGUACAUCCAAAGAUGAAUAAUUACACCCUUCACUCUGAGCUACUCUCGUCACCCUAGGGUUGGGGUUUAUGUGAAAGUUUGUGCACCCCUGAUCAAAUGACGUUUUGUUAAAGUGAGAAUGAGUGAAUACAUUCUGUACAUUUUAGUGCAUAAUUACUGUUUAUUUGCUGAGUUUAACAUAUUUAAAACAUAUAGUCUGGCCUGUGCAAAAGUUAUGGCACACUUUUAUAUUUUAAAUUUCCUUUUUUUUUUACAGUGUGUUAGCAAUAAAUAGAAAUGGUGCACUAACAUUUGCAGAGGCUGUUGCCUGUAAAGGAUGUAUUGACCUAUUUUCACUCAGAAAAUCAACAAAAUGUGAGUUAACAGGUGUUCAAACUUUUGCAAAGAGCAUAUGCAUGUAUAACAGAGACUAAGAGAAGCUGGCCUGGGGGAUGUUUCAGGGCCACUUGUAGUGGCAGAUAUGUGAAUUGAUAUAAAUGUGUUUUUUUUUUUAUUGUUUUUUUUUGUAAUAUAUCUGUUUAUGUAUUAUACAUGCAUAAGUAAGGAAAGCAUUAGUUAGUUCUGUGUCUGUCGAAAGCUCUACAUAGCUGUAUAUGCAUUUCAGUGCAAUUUGGGGACCUGUCAACAACUCCAGUCUAGGUGAUAUAGCUUGCAAUAUAUUAAAAAUGCAUUGGUGACAUGGUUAAAGAACGGCCUGCAUGAGUGUGACCAGAACUAAUUUACUGCUGUUGGAUCAUAUGAUUGUUCACAACACCCAAGGAACAUCCACGAUUGGUCAGCACACAAUAAAACACUGCCUGAUUGGUUUUGCCUAGUACAGCCUUCUAGGAGAUCAUUGUUGUGAAGGCCAAUAUUGCAAUAACAGUUAAAAAACUAGGUUGUGCAGCUCUGCUGCUUCUUUGUAGAGUUCUACGGCAGUAUUUCCCAACUCCAGUCUUGGACGCCCUACCUGUAGAUGUUUUCCCAGCACCUGAGUCACAUCUUAACUGUAAAUCGAUCAAGCCAAAUCAGAUUGAGCUUGGAAAACAGUUGUGGGCCUGUAAGACUGGAGUUGGGAAAGGAUGGUCUACAGUUUGUGCUAAUACUGUUACUUUGAGAGUCACUAUUAAAGUCUUUUUUUGCAUGUGACCAAACUGUCAAGAAUUCCAGAGAUGGAUAGCCUUCCAGUUAUAGGCCUGGAUAUUGCUUGCAGUUAUGGUGAAUUUGGGAUGUAAUACUGAGGGUUAAAGAUGUAACCUACAACUACAAUAUUCAAAUAUGUUCUAUUAAAAUGCUCGAUUAAAGUUAUGUAAGCAACCCA